UAAAUCAGAAAGUAGUUCGUCAUGAAACUAGUCACAGUUGUGUUGCUCUUUGUGGUAGUCUUGUAUGUCGCCGCUUCGGUGAAUGCCCAAGCAACUAGAUCACCGGGUACAGCGGCAGCUGGGCCAAGGCCUACAACCAGACGAACCACAAGUCGUACAACUGGAAGAACAACCAGACGUACCACUGGAAGAACAACGAGACGUACCACUGGAAGAACAACAAGACGAACAACUGGAAGAACAACGAGACGUACAACUGGAAGAACAACCAGACGUACCACUGGAAGAACAACAAGACGUACAACUGGAAGAACAACGAGACGUACCACUGGAAGAACAACGAGACGAACCACAGGAAGAACAACACGACGUACUACUGGAAGAACAACGAGACGUACCACUGGAAGAACAACACGACGUACUACAAGAAGGACAACGAGACGUACCACAACAGGACCGAGCUGCAAUGAUAAUUGUCCACCAGACUUUCAACCCGUUUGUGGAACAGUUUUUCGGGAGGGAAGGUUCAUAAACUGUAAUUUCAGCAAUCAAUGUAAUCUGGAUAAUCACAGUUGUCGAAGACGGGAAGUGUGGAUAUCCAGGAGCGGUAACUGCGCUCAAAAGUCCAGCAACAGAGACUGUGCUUAAUAUAAUACAAAACGACUGAUAUGAAAAGAUUAUUUUUAAAUGAUAAAAUAAUAAUUAAUGGCUUAAAAAAUAUUUUUUUGUCUUUUUUUGAUAAAAUGAUAGAAGGAAUUUUAAAAUAAAAACAAUCAAAAAGUA